CAGCGCCUCUAUGCAAAAUUGUUCCUAGUUUGUCAAUAUCCACCGAGCGCAUCACACAGUUAUUUGCAAAAAGGGACAGUUUUAUUAAUAAUUAUAAUUAUAAUGCUUUUCAGUGUUUCUUUAUAUUACACAUAUGUAAUAUUUAAUGUGCCAAGCAUGGUUAUAAUUCGUUAUUAUGUGUUGACAAGUAUUAUAGCCUUCAAUUGCGCAGUAAAAAGAAUUGUGAAGUUUUGCCGGCCGCCAUUACACAUUUCAUGGUAUACCAAUGGGGUCUCCCGAUACAAGCCAGAAUAUUAAAUGAGCACCUGUAGUUGCCAUCACGCUGGCCCAGUAGAUACAGUAGUUGCUGUUAAAGUACUUCAUCAAAUCCCAUAUUGGUUUCAAUGGCAGUUUUGUAGUUGGUGUGUGGUGCUCUCGGCAGUCUUCUAGAGCAUUCGAGGCUGUUAUUACAAGAGGUUUGUCUGUGACUUGCAGCUGUAAAGAUAUUUUUCCAAAAAUCGUGAAGCUUAUGGAAACUUAUGGACGAGAAGGGCCAUUUCGAAUUUGGUUUGGACAUCAACUUUAUGUCAUUGUAUGCAAACCGAAAGAUAUACAGAUAGUUUUGAACAAAGCUCUGCAAAAAGGCGACGUGUACAGAUUUUCAGAGCCUUGGACUGGUCAUGGACUUUUUACAGCACCAGUUAGUAAAUGGCGUAGUUCAAGAAAGCUUUUGAGUCCUGCAUUUAAUAUGAAGGUGUUGGAAGGAUUUGUUCCGGUUUUCCAGCAACAAAACAGGAUUCUGGUGGAGAAAUUAAGGGACGUGGCCGAUAAGGAAUUGGCCGUCGAUAUGUUCGGGUACGUGAGUGCGGCCACUUUGGACGUCAUCUGCGAGACGGCGAUGGGAACGAGGCUACACGCCCAAAACGAUGACACCUACACCAAAUUGGCGCAAAGGACUCUGAAGAUUGAAUCGGAACGUAUGUACAAUAUUUUUUACUAUCCAGAUUUUAUAUUCUACAAGAGUCUUGCAGGCAAAGAGUUCAUGAAGGGAAUUCGAUACUUCAGAGAUCUCACAGAUAAGGUAAUCAAACGUAAGAGGCUAGAAUUGAACGAGAAGGAAAAAUCGACCAGUUUUGCUGCUGGAACCGAAAGUGAAAAAGUUUUGUACAACAAUGCCAAAAACUUGGAAAGAGAACGAGCUGAAAGAGAUGACGACGACAUACCAUUGUUCACUCGCAAGCGCAAGGCUUUCCUGGACCUGCUCUUCGAAUACACCAAACAAGAGGGUCAGACCUGGACCGACCAGCAACUGAACGACGAGGUCAGCACCAUGAUGAUAGCAGGCAACGACACCACAGCAACCGUAGCCUGUUUCACCAUGAUGAUGCUCGGGAUACAUAAAAGCUAUCAAGAUCUGGUUGUUAAUGAACUGAAAGAGAUCUUUAGCGGACCAGACGGAAAUCGCGAUCCUGAAAUUUCUGAUUUGCAGAAUAUGGUAUAUUUGGAUCUGGCCAUAAAAGAGACGAUGAGACUGUUUCCGGUGGGGCCGUUCAUUGUCAGGAAAUGUAUGGAGGAUAUCAAAUUAGAGAGUUGCACAAUACCCAAAGGUGCCAGCAUCGGUAUCGGUAUCUUCGGUCUGCACAGAGAUCCUGAAUUGUGGCCAGAACCAGAACAAUUUAGACCAGAAAGAUUUGCCAAUGGUGCCAGUUCUUACGAAACAGUCGGAAUCGUUCAAAAUGGUUAUGCCACAACAAAUGGAAAGAUUAUCCAGAAUGGAGAUGUUAAAUCAAUUGCUAUUAACAGUGAUGUUAAGGAAAAUGAAUUUAGUAAUGAGAUUAAAACAACAAAUGUACCAAAUGGUAGUAACGGAUAUUCAAUGAAUAAUGACAAUAGUGAGAAAAGUAUUUUUAAUAAGCCGAGACAUCCGUAUGCUUAUAUUCCAUUUAGUGCAGGACCCAGAAAUUGUAUAGGCAUAAAGUAUGCAAAAAUUUCAUUAAUGAUGAUGCUGUCAUCAAUUUUAAGAAAUUAUGAAAUAUCAUGCGAUUAUAAAAUAAAGGAUAUCAAACUUCAAAACGAUAUCAUUCUGAAACCGAGUGAAGGAUAUAUUGUGAAACUUAAACAUAGACAAUUAUGAGGAUAUAAAAUACAAGACCAUAAUUAGAAUUUUAAUAUUUGGAUGAUGGAAAUUUUAUCAUUCGAAACAAAAAAGUUGUUUAGCAUGCAUCAUGCACGAAUACAUCCAGUUAUUAAGAAGAUGCAUCAUGCAUGAAUACAUCCAGCUAUUAAGAAGAACGAA